AUGAGGGCGGGACGGGGACAAGUCCCGUGCCCAGGCCUCAAGAUCGCCGCCUUCUUCUCUAUCCUCGUCUGCGGCUCUAUCGGCUGCCUCCUUCCGAUGCUUGGCCGCAGGGUCCCUCUGCUCCGUCCGGAGACCGACGUGUUCUUCGUGGUGAAGGCUUUCGCGGCGGGGGUGAUCCUCGCCACCGGCUUCAUCCACAUCCUGCCGGACGCCUUCGACAAGCUGACGUCGUCAUGCCUCCCGGACAGCCCCUGGCAGGACUUCCCGUUCGCCGGGUUCGGUGCGAUGGUGGCCGCCAUCGCCACCCUCGUCGUCGACACGCUCGCCACCGGAUACUUCAACCGGAUGCAUUACAAGCAGCAGGCCGGGGCGCGGGCAGCGGGGGCGGUGAGCGACGAGGCGAAGCCGCCGCCGCCACCGCAGGAUGCGGAGGCGCAGCGGCACGACGACCACGUCCAUGUCCACACCCACGCAUCCCACGGCCACUCCCACGGCGCCGCUGUGCUGGCGGCGAGCGGGGAUGCGUCGGAGCAACUCAUCCGCUACCGCGUCAUCUCGCUGGUGUUGGAAUUGGGCAUUGUUGUUCACUCCGUGAUCAUUGGGAUCUCUUUGGGCGCAUCCGAGAGCCCAUCCACAAUCAGGCCUCUUGUAGCUGCGUUGAGUUUCCAUCAAUUUUUCGAAGGAAUGGGACUUGGCGGAUGCAUUGUUCAGGCGAAGUUCAAGCUAAGAUCGAUUGUCACAAUGGUGCUCUUCUUCUCCCUCACCACGCCCGUCGGGAUCCUCAUCGGCAUCGGCAUAUCGUCGGUUUACAACGAGAACAGCCCGAAAGCUCUCAUCGUCGAAGGCGUCCUCAAUUCCGUGGCCGCGGGUAUUCUGGUCUACAUGGCGCUCGUCGAUCUCCUCGCCGAAGAUUUUAUGAACCCUAAGGUGCAGGGCAAAGCGAAGCUGCAGCUAGCUAUAAAUGUCUCCUUACUACUAGGAGCAGGGUUGAUGUCACUCCUUGCAAAAUGGGCUUAAAAUGAAUUUUAUGGUAAUGAGCUUA